UAAGCUUUUUUAGCGCCAUCUGCUCGCGGCGCCGCCUCCUGCUCCUCCCGCCGCCGCCCUGAGUCACUGCCUGCGCAGCUCCAGCCGCCUGGCUCCCCGUGCUAACCACCGAUACUUGGAGUUCUUACAACAUGGCAGACAUUGACAACAAAGAACAGUCUGAACUUGAUCAAGAUUUGGAUGAUGUUGAAGAAGUAGAAGAAGAAGAAACUGGUGAAGAAACAAAAAUCAAAGCGCGUCAGCUGACUGUUCAGAUGAUGCAAAAUCCUCAGAUUCUUGCAGCCCUUCAAGAAAGACUUGAUGGUCUGGGAACACCAACAGGAUACAUUGAAAGCUUGCCUAGGGUAGUUAAGAGACGAGUGAAUGCUCUCAAAAACCUUCAAGUUAAAUGUGCACAGAUAGAAGCCAAAUUCUAUGAGGAAGUUCAUGAUCUUGAAAGAAAGUAUGCUGUUCUCUAUCAGCCUCUAUUUGAUAAGCGAUUUGAGAUCAUUAAUGCAAUUUAUGAACCUACAGAAGAGGAAUGUGAAUGGAAACCAGAUGAGGAGGAUGAAAUUUCGGAGGAGCUGAAAGAAAAAGCCAAGGUUGAAGAUGAGAAAAAAGAUGAAGAAAAAGAAGACCCCAAGGGAAUUCCUGAAUUCUGGUUGACUGUUUUUAAGAAUGUUGACUUGCUCAGUGAUAUGGUUCAGGAACAUGAUGAACCUAUUCUGAAGCACUUAAAAGAUAUUAAAGUGAAGUUCUCAGAUGCUGGCCAGCCCAUGAGUUUUGUCUUAGAAUUUCACUUUGAACCCAAUGAAUAUUUCACAAAUGAAGUGUUGACAAAGACAUACAGGAUGAGGUCAGAACCAGAUGACUCUGAUUCCUUUUCUUUUGAUGGACCAGAAAUUAUGGGUUGUACAGGGUGCCAGAUAGAUUGGAAAAAAGGAAAGAAUGUCACUUUGAAAACCAUUAAGAAGAAGCAGAAACACAAGGGACGUGGGACAGUUCGUACUGUGACCAAAACAGUUUCCAACGACUCUUUCUUUAAUUUUUUUGCCCCUCCUGAAGUUCCCGAGAGUGGAGACCUGGAUGAUGAUGCUGAAGCUAUCCUUGCUGCAGACUUUGAAAUUGGUCACUUUUUACGUGAGCGUAUAAUCCCAAGAUCAGUGUUAUACUUUACUGGAGAAGCUAUUGAAGAUGAUGAUGAUGAUUAUGAUGAAGAAGCGGAUGAGGAAGGGGAAGAAGAAGGAGAUGAGGAAAAUGAUCCAGACUAUGACUCAAAGAAGGAUCAAAACCCAGCAGAGUGCAAGCAGCAGUGAAGCAGGAUGUAUGUGGCCUUGAGGAUAACCUGCACUGGUCUACCUUCCGCUUCCCUGGAAAGGAUGAAUUUACAUCAUUUGACAAGCCUAUUUCAAGUUUUUUUGUUGUUAUUUGUUUGUUUGCUUGUUUUUGUUUUUGCAGCCUAAAAUAAAAAUGUCAUAUAAUUUUA